GGCAAGGAGAACGGGGCAGUAGGCGGAGACAGGUGCCAUUUUCUAUCUCCCUCGAAGUUUACACCAAUUCAGUAUCAAAUCUGUAGUACAUUGAGCUAUACAUCUGUUGUAAAGCAAACCGAAUGGUUCUACAAGAUUGAAACUCCUUUGACGCUUGGCUCAAGUCUAACGAUACUCACUAUGUGUUAACUUGACUAAUCUUCAGGAAUAUAACACACGUAGGAGAAAAUCAUGAAAAAGGGAUCACUGAAUUUCUUAGGGCGAAAAAAACCAUCACUCUUCGACUCUAAAAUUCAAGUUAAUCAGGAUAUUGAUAAUGUGGAGCUGGUGUUAGAUUCAUCAGCCAUUCCAGAGUCGGGGACUGCCAAGGUCAGGUCCAGGCCUACCGUGAAGCACUUUGCGCCCUCCUCGGAUGUUGUGCAAGGGUUUGCUGUCCCAACACCCAAAGUUCCUGACCUCCCUGCAUUCGGAGGACCAAAGUUCAAUGGUGCAGUCAACGGAGACCGGUUGUCCAAUGGAUCAGCUCUAUCUGUACCUGACUUGGUGGGGGGAGAAAUAUUCAUACCUCCUCCACCUUCCAUGGCACCGCCACCUCCUCCCUCGUUCAUCCCCCCACCACCAAACUUCCUGGGGAACCUGAACUCUGCUGACCUAGCAUCCCUUCAGCCUCCCUCCAUGCCCCCUCCCAAACCCCCCUCAUUAGCCCCCUCUGAGGAGGAGGAGGAGGACCUUACCUUCCUCAAACCUCCACCAAUGGCUCCUCCCAAGCCCCCUUCUACGUCCUCUAAUGCUUCUACUUCCUCUUUGGCAAUUUCCACCCCUCCGUCACCUUUUAUCCCCGAUAUGACAGAAUGUCCAAAAUUCACGCCUCCGCCACCUCUUCAAAGGAUUCAUAAGAACCCCCCUCUAAAGCCUACAAGGCUGUCUUCCAUCCCCAGCCUGGAUGGACCCCCCCAGACCCCUGCCCCAACCUCCCCAGUUCAGACCUCCACACCCUCCAGCUUCAAUCCCCAGAACACAGCCAAGCUCUACAGCAUCUCCAAGACCUCCAUCCUUGGUGAAAAGGUGAACCGUGAGAAGAGGCCUAAGCAGAUCCUACUCCUGGAGGACUCUGAGACAACUGACUCUGUGGCUGGGCCUGUCCAAGUCGACGACAACACCCCAUCUGUUGUUCCACCAGCCAAGCCGGCCCGUAGAAACAGCUGUGGCAAUCAUCUAGAGAAAGGCCUUCAAGACCUUAAAGAUAACUUACAUGCUACCCUUCCUACUCCACAAGCUCAGCUUCAGACCAACACAGAGAUAAAAAUGGAGACAACAAUUGCGGCACAACAGGAAGUCGACAAACCAGCUCAGGAAGGUUCACUCAAGCUUCCGAGGGCAUCUCCUGUUCCUUCUGUUGCCCCAGUGGCAAACCAGGUCAGGCUGGAUAAACCUCCAAGUCAGGGCCACAAUUACAGCCCUUUGCUGGACCGUAAACUACGUCAGCUGAAGGGAAGUGAGGCCACAGCGGCGAAGGAAGGUCCUGCAGCAUCCCCACUGGCUCUGCUCAUGGCGGCCAAACAGCGAGAUAAACACAAGUCUACUCUGUCCCGAGAGAAUAGUGCUAAGGGUAGUGAGCCACAGCCCACUGCCAGUAUUCAGCCCUGCGAGUCCAAUCCCAACUCCUUCACCGUCGUCCCUAGAUCCACCUCUUUCUCCUCUGCGACCUCUCUGGACAGACCUCCACAGAGGCCACAGUCUAUGGAUAUUAGUACGCCCACGCUAAGGAUGCAGACUCCCGAGCCGGCCAGGGCUACGGAGAAGCUUCCUGUCAUCCCAGUCCUGCUCACUUCCAGGUCCUCCUCCUCCAUCAGUCUGGAUGUGGAGAAGGAGAGUGCUGAGCGACGUCCUUCACCAUCUGACGGUGUUCGCGAUGAGGAGAAGGGCGAGGAGCAAUGUAUGCCCUUACUCCCUCCCCCACCAGAAUUUGCUAACUUCGAUGACGAGGUUGUCGGACCUCCACCCAGUGUGCCGGCACCUGCCCCUCCUUUGAUGAAUUCCCUCCCCCCCACCACCAACGCCCCUGUUACUCCUGUCAAAGCCCAGUUGCCCCCUCCUCCCCCAGCCAAACCGAAGCCUCCAAGCCCUCCUAAGCUCCCUCUUCCUACUACCAUGGGGGUCAAACCCAAGCCUGCAGUCCAGACCAAGGCGACGCCUCCCCCCACUCAAUCUCCUGGGAGCUCUCUCACAUCCAGCCAAGCUACCCUCCUGAGCAUCCUGCAAAAGAAGAUGCUGGAGAUGGAUCAGAAAUUGACCGUGCCAGUCAAGGAGACUGAGGCCAUUUCUGACGAAUGGGGCUCUCCUCUGUUGGAAGAGGACACCAAGACACCUGUGGCCCCAAGAGUGACUCCGGUGUCCACGUUCAGCCAAAAGCCAAAGAGUUCUACUCUGCCUGUCCAAACAAAAGGCCUGGACAUACAUGAACUGGAGACUAAAGUUGCCAAAAAAGCUCAAGAUGCAUCAUCAAAAGUUUCCACCUGCACUGGGCCCCAUUCCAAACAGCCACACGGCAUGACGUUCACCGUGCGACCUGGAACCACACAACCCAUCACGCUAGUCAGCAAAGGAGACUCUUCAUGAAUAUCCAAUGAUAACCCCAUGACUUGAUGUCUUUGAAUGUUAGACAACACAAAUGUUAUGUGCAGUCAUCAUUAUUUAGUGCAAUGGAGAGAAAAGACUAUUAUUAAAAACUAAAGAAUUUGACUUGAUUUCACCCCAAAAUGGAUUGCGCCAUUGCAAAAGGAUCUGAGCACAGUCUGUGGACAGUGUCAAGUAGUUUGCAAUACAAACCCCAAUGUCUCUUAAGUGGGUGGAUUACACUUGGAUUGCUUUAAUCAAAAUGUUCACUUGCUUAUUCAUCAGUGAACACAUUGCCUCGUUGAAGUCACUGGAUCAAAGAUUCAAUGUCAUUAAUCUGUCAAGGUGCUCCCAGGUAUUCAGCCUGGACUUUAUUCUUAGGAUUCUGUACUUUAGCCAGUGAAUAUGCUAUAUAUUUAUAUAUAUUUCACCAAGAUAAAACAAAACCAGCAAGUCCAGCAAAUCAUACCCUAGUCAAGAGACUGGUGUUACCGUAUGAUUGUACAGCCAUUAGACUAGUCCUUUAGUGGUAUGUUGUAUAUACAAACAUUGUGCUCUUCCAUUUUAGUUUAACUCUCAAUUUAAAUUUAGAUAAACUUGAAAUCUAAUUUUAUAUAAAUACAAUUAUUAUAUAUCCAUGUGUACAUACCUAAACAAGUGAUGAGUCAUACCGACUCAUCACUCUUAAACCUAUUAAUCUGUAAAAUGAAUAGAAAAAUAAUCUUGAUUUGUAAUAAUUAUUAAACAUACUAGUGGAGGUUGUUACCAACAAUUAAUGUCACAAUGUGAAUAUCAUACAGACAUUACUUUUAUUAAAGGAUGGAGAAACAGA